AUGCUGGUUUCUCGACUUCUCACAGUCGCAGCCCUCGCGCAAUUGGCGUCGUGCUCGCCCGUCUCGUCGGCCGACUCUCUCCCUUCCUCGCCUUCCCUCUCAGCUCUCAACGUCUCCUCUCUGAGCGACACGACAGCGCUCGAUAUCGUAGGCGGCACCUGCAUCGGCCAAACCGCCUUGGAUAAGCGCAACAACGAUGACGUCUACCGCCAAAACGCACGCAAGCGCGGCAUUCCCUGGCAGUUGCGCGGGAGUGGGUCGCUCGCCCCCUUCCACACGCUGGCGAGCUACUACACCUACAGUCCGUACGGGUACAAUGUCUCUGAGGCGGGGCCCGGCUUCGUGCCCCAGCUCUGGGGGUGUAGCGAUGCGCACGUCGACGAGUUCCAGGCCAGGAUGAACUCUGAAUGGGCCGUAGCGGGAAGUGAUCAGAAGGCCCGACUCCUGAAGCACAAGGAAGUGCUCACGUUCAACGAGCCGAACGAAGCCCACCAGGCCAACUGCACGCCUGCCCUUGCUGCUGCGGUUUGGAAGAAGACGGUCGAGCCGCUGAAGGAACAGGGCUGGCGUGUCGGCGCCCCAGCAGUGAAUACGGGCGGAUGGGGCAUGAGCUGGAUGCUCGACUGGUGGCGGGAGUGCAACGGGAGCUGUCAUCCGGAUUUCCUCGCUGUCCACUUUUACAACCCCUCCUCCGCCGCGCUCCCCGUCGUCCUGACCCAGUGGCACACGACCUUCAACCUGCCCCUGCAAGUGACCGAGAUCGCGCCCAUGUCCUGGCCCCCGCGCGACAAGGAGCAUAUCGACAGCACGCAAGUUCGGAACUACAUGCAGUCCGUCAUGGCGUGGAUGGACGGGACGGAGUGGGUCGAGCGGUACUACUGGUAUGGCGCGAGGUGGGAUAUGGACAAGCUGAAUCCGGAACUCGCUCUGUUGAAGGACAGCCAGACGCUCUCGCCGCUUGGUGAACUGUAUGUCUCGAGUCAGUCGCCGCAGUAUGCGUGGAAUCUCGAAGAGAGCGGGGAAGCACGGCUGGGCGUUAACCUUGGCAUGCUGCUCGGUCUGCUCCUUGCUGCGCUCGUGUCAGUGUAG